CCCGAUCUAUUGGUCGUCGUGCAAUUCAACGGAAACAGAAGCAAAAUCAUGUUCAAACUACUGAUACCAUGCUUGUUGUGGCUGUCAACGGUGUGCUCGGAGACCGGGAUGCACAUAGAUAUGCCGGUCGAGUCGCUGGACAAAACAUUGGACGCCUCAAUGCUGAAGGCAAAGAGAGAUUCCAUCCAACCUUGUGAACCCAUUCAGCAACCGAUCUAUCCGCAUGUUCCCGCUUACUCACCACCGCCGGUCUACGUUAAGCCCCUAGUCCAACCGGCCUACUUGAAGAAAGAGCUGGGUAUAGCACCCUUAGCUCACCUGCAAUACAUCCAACAGCCUCACGCCUAUCCUUCUGUGGUACAGAAGCCGACCAUCACGUACGUGAAACCGACAACUCCCGUGGUAAAUUACCAUGCGCAGCAUCAAUCGUUGCAAUACAUCAAACCCAUGAUGCCUAUCUACCAGAGCCCCAUCGCACCGUCCUACGCGCCGAUUUACCAGAAGCCGCUGCAUUACGCACCUACGUAUCAGAGCCCUAUAUACCACGAUGUGAUGCCGAAAAUCCUCCUUAAAAAGUACGAGGCACCCGCUGCCCAGAUACUGUACCAGAAACCGCUGGUCCAUGCGCCCGCCAUUCAGUACGCGUCGCCGAAAGUGGUGCACGUGCAGGCACCGCAGGUAUCCUACGUAAAACCUGUGGUUCAUGCAUCAUCACCUGUGUAUGCUCCGCAGCCGGAUCACGAUUCCAUUAUAGUUAAGCCCCAUUGUGCGUAGAAUGCUUGAUCGAACGAUCGAUAUUGAUAUGUCAAACUACGCAAAAUGAGAACAUAUCUAAAUGCGCUUAAGAUUAAAUGAUCGACUGAUGAUUUCAUGUCGGCUCACAUUGACCAGCGUUUUCU